CCAGGCUGCUAGAGGUCUUGGAAGCACCGUGUUGGGGUCGAGGCGGCGAGUGAGGGACAAUGGCGCCUAGCGUGGCCACGGCGCCGGAGCCGAAGCAGAACUCGCCCAGGGGCAUCCGCGCCGUGCUCCUGGGGCCGCCCGGGGCUGGCAAGGGCACGCAGGCUCCCAAGCUGGCUGAAAGUUACUGUGUUUGCCAUUUGGCUACAGGGGACAUGCUGAGAGCCAUGGUAGCUUCCGGUUCAGAGCUGGGCCAGAGACUCAAGAAGACAAUGGAUGCUGGAAAGCUGGUGAGUGACGAUAUGGUCGUGGAACUGAUUGAGAAGAACUUAGAUAGCCCUCCUUGCAAGAACGGCUUUCUCUUAGAUGGCUUCCCUCGGACAGUGAGACAGGCGGAGAUGCUCGAUGACCUCAUGGACAAGAGGAAAGAAAAACUAGAUUCAGUCAUUGAGUUCAGUAUCGCCGACUCUCUACUUAUCCGGAGAAUCACAGGAAGGCUGAUCCAUCCUGCAAGUGGCCGCUCCUACCAUGAAGAAUUCAACCCCCCGAAGCAGCACAUGAAGGAUGAUAUCACUGGGGAGCCUUUGAUUCGACGUUCUGAUGAUAAUGAAGCUGCUUUGCAAACCCGCCUGAAGGCCUACCACUCCCAGACUACCCCCCUGGUGAAGUACUACAGUAAAAGAGGGAUCCAUUCGGCAGUGGAUGCGUCUCAGUCCCCAGAUGUGGUGUUUGCCAGCAUCCUGGCAGCCUUCUCCAAAGCAACAUGUGAUAAAACUGAGGAACAGAGAAAUUAAGGGACUCGCCUGAGACCACACAACCAAAUGACUGCAGGCCAGGCAAGACCACACCAUUGCUGACCAACUUCAGAGCAAGAGUCCAAGCUUUUAAACGUGCUGGGCGGAGGGAAGGGUUGGCGAGGAACAAGAAGGGAUACAAAUUGGGGGGCAAUUGCUUUAGUGGGGUCGUUUUUCCCCAUUCAAGUGGGAGUUUUAUAAAUAGUAGCUAGAUGGGGGGUAUGUUGUGGGGAGAGGGUUGUACGUUUCUAAAGCUCCCAACAUGGAGGGUGUGGGAAAGAGGAGGAAGGCCUAGUAUUAAUUCUACAGGAUCCCUUGGGCACAGUUACCUUUCAUCCAGGAAUGUGAUUGUAAUGGAAAAGCCAUUGACCUGAGACCUUAGUUGUCAUUUAUGGACCUCUAAGCUUGCCAGAUGGGGAGAGCAGUAACUCCCCCUGUUGCCUCCUCUCUGUUCUGUACCUCAUAACAGGGUAGGUUUUGGUUGCUGACCUUAACACCCCACAUAAUGUGACCAAAUAACAGUCCCCAUGUUUGGUGAGGAAUCUGUGAGAAGGCUGGCUGGACACAUUGUUUAAUGGACUCAUAAGAGUCAAGCCAGCUGAUUCCUCCCGUUUUACUUACCUCUGAUUUUGACUAACUCCAUUAAUCUCAAGGGAAAAGCCAUCAUAAGUUGCUAUCUGCAAGUGUGCAUCCUCUGUUCUUGCCUUCUUUCUACACACUGUAAAGAAUCCUUUUUAUUUCCUUUAAAAAAAAAAAAAACCAACUUUGAAGAUUGUCUCAUUCCAAAGAAAUUCCUUCCCCCUGCAACUCUUGAGGCUGAAACACAGCAGUCCUGUGGUGGUGUGUUUUGUUUUUUAAAAAACAAGGUGCCUUUCACCUUUAACUGACCAAAUGCUGCUCUUUUUUGGCCCUGGAAUCAAUAAAAUGUAUUAAUCAUUUGUA